CCGGGCUUGCAGAAUAUGUCACCGUGGAGCUGGAAUCUGGCCUAUAAUGCAAACUUUUCUGGCCAUUGACCGAAAUAUGUUCUUAGCAAGCCUAGCCUUCUCCCGGCAUUCAAGUGAAACAACCCACUUUCUGACAAUCCAGUCCCCGAUUCAGAGAAUAUUGAAACUCGGCCAUGAUUUGCGGAGGAAUGGGAACACCCACGCCUGCCACCCCUGAAAUUCAGGAGGUGUGCGAUAAAGUGAAGCCUCAUAUCGAGGAGAAAAUGGGCCAGAAGUUAGACACCUUUGAGGCCAAGUCUUUCACGUCGCAGGUAGUGGCUGGUUCCAACUACUUUGUCAAGAUCCAUGUGGGUGACGAUAAAUGCGUUCACGCUCGAAUUUUCAAGGAUCUUCAAAAGAAUAUCUCUCUCAGUGACGUUCAAAAAGACAAGUCUCAUGAAGAUGAGAUCGCUUACUUCUAAGCCUGGCAUUUCCGAUUCCCGAGCCAGCAUGGCGUCAUUGAACAUCGAAGCAUUGAAAUACAAUAAUGUCCGUCUUUA